AUGAGGAGAGCUGCAGUUUUUCUGGCGUUGCUGUUCUGUCUGCUCUGGACGGGGACUCAGGGUGAGGAUGGAGGGGGGACAGGGAAGAAAGAGGGGGAGUUUGAUAUCCAAGGAGUGAAAGCAGCUUUAGAGGCCAGGAUGAGCUCCACCGGUCCUCAGGUGGCGUUCUCAGCCGGUCUCAGUGAUACAGGAGUAGUCGGACCCUUCGGCACUAACUCAAUACUGAAGUACACUAAAGUCUUCACCAAUAUCGGCCAGGCCUACAGCCCAACUACAGGUAUCUUCACAGCCCCCGUCAAAGGAGUCUACUACUUCAGCUUCAACAUGUGGGGAAGCCGCUUUGUAUCAGAUACCGCUCUUGAAUUCGCUCUCAACAACGUGAUGAAGAUGAGGCUUCAAGAUUACAAUGAUGCCUAUGGCUACGUCUCUGCGGCUAACUCAAUGGUUCUUCAGCUGGAGAAGGGAGAUGUUGCCAACAUGGUUCUGCCCUCCAGCUACAGCGUUUAUGAUGAGUUGUUUAAUCGCAUGGUUUUCAGUGGAUUUCUACUCUUUCCUCUGUGA